AUGGCAUCGGUAAUGGCAAGGGAUGAGGUGACAAUAUCAACAAGCAGUCGUCGGAGUUUCCGGGAGAUGUGGCCAGUGACAGCAGCUGCUCCGGACGUGUUCGAGCGGAGUGAUCGACACACACAAGAGGAUGAUGAGUAUCACCUCACUUGGGUAGCCAUUGAGCGGCUGCCUACUUUUGAGAGAAUGAGAAAAGGUGUAAUAAAACACGUUGAUGAAAAUGGAAAAGUUGUGCAUGAUGAAGUUGAUGUUGCGAAACUUGGUUUUCAUGACAAAAAACUCUUGUUGGAUAGCAUCCUUAAGAUUGUCGAAGAAGACAAUGAGAAGUUUCUCAGAAAACUUAGAGACCGACAAGACAGGGUGGGGAUUGAAAUUCCAAAAAUUGAAGUACGUUAUGAAAAUUUGUCUGUGGAAGGAGAUGUGCAUGUUGGAAGUAGAGCACUUCCUACUCUGCUUAAUGUUACCAUCAAUACUUUGGAGAGUGUUCUUGGAUUGUUUCGGCUUGCACCAUCCAAGAAGAGAGAGAUUCAGAUUCUCAAACAUGUUAGUGGAAUUGUUAAACCAUCAAGGAUGACACUCCUUCUAGGUCCUCCAGGUUCUGGGAAAACAACAUUGCUUCUAGCACUUGCAGGAAAACUUGAUCAUGAUUUAAGGGCUUCUGGGAAAAUAACUUACUGCGGUCAUGAGCUAAAUGAAUUCGUCGCUGCAAAAACUUGUGCCUAUAUUAGUCAGCAUGACAUCCACUAUGGAGAAAUGACAGUGAGAGAGACUUUAGAUUUUUCAUCACGUUGUCUAGGUGUUGGCAGUAGGUAUGAAAUGUUGAAAGAACUCUCAAAAAGAGAGAGAGAAGCUGGAAUUAAACCAGACCCUGAGAUUGAUGCUUUCAUGAAGGCUGUUGUAUUAUCAGGCCAAAAGAGCAGUUUUGUAACAGAUUAUGUUCUCAAGAUGCUUGGAUUGGAUAUUUGUGCUGACAUUAUGGUUGGUGAUGAAAUGAGAAGGGGUAUCUCUGGAGGACAAAAGAAAAGAGUAACAACAGGGGAAAUGCUAGUAGGACCAGCACAAGCACUCUUUAUGGAUGAAAUAUCAACGGGAUUGGAUAGUUCAACCACUUUUCAAAUAUGCAAGUUCGUGAGACAAGUGGUUCAUAUACUGGAUGCAACCGUCAUCGUUUCGCUUUUACAGCCAGCACCAGAGACAUUUGACCUCUUUGACGACAUUAUUCUUCUUUCAGAAGGUCAAAUAGUAUAUCAAGGUCCGCGUGAAAAUGUGCUAGAGUUCUUCGAAUACACAGGCUUUAGGUGUCCAGAGAGAAAAGGUGUUGCUGAUUUCUUACAAGAAGUAACAUCCAAGAAAGAUCAACAACAAUACUGGUUUAAAAGAGAUGAACCUUAUAGAUAUGUUUCAGUUCCUGAAUUUGUUGAUUUCUUUCAUUCAUUUCAUAUUGGAGAGGAAAUUGCGGCAGAGAUUAAGGUUCCUUAUAAUAAGAGUCAAACUCACCCAGCAGCAUUAGUCAAAGAAAAAUAUGGUAUUUCAAAAUGGGAACUAUUUAAGGCAUGCUUUUCAAAGGAAUGGCUUCUUAUGAAGAGGAAUGCUUUUGUUUAUGUGUUCAAAACAACACAGAUAGCAAUCAUGUCUGUUAUUACUUUUACUGUGUUCUUUAGAACAAAGAUGCCGGUUGGUACUGUUCAAGAUGGACAAAAAUUCUACGGUGCAUUAUUCUUCACUCUGAUAAAUGUGAUGUUUAAUGGGUUGGCAGAAGUAUACAUGACAGUUGCUAGGCUUCCUGUGUUCCACAAACAGAGGGAUUUCUUGUUUUACCCUGCAUGGGCAUUUGGAUUACCUAUAUGGAUUCUUAGGGUCCCGAUCUCCUUUUUGGAAUCUUUGAUAUGGAUUGUACUUACAUAUUUUACAGUUGGGUUUGCUCCUUCUGCUAGCAGAUUUUUCCGACAAUUCUUGGCAUUGUUCGGCAUUCAUCAGAUGGCUCUUUCUUUAUUUCGGUUCGUCGCUGCAGUUGGUAGAACACUAGUUGUUGCAAAUUCAUUGGGUACCUUGACCUUGCUAGUGAUAUUUGUGCUAGGAGGUUUCAUUGUUGCUAAAGACGACAUUAAGCCAUGGAUGAUAUGGGCCUAUUAUAUAUCUCCUAUAAUGUAUGGCCAGAAUGCCAUAACAAUUAAUGAAUUCUUAGACAAAAGAUGGAGUACACCAAAUACAGACACAAGAAUUGAUGCACCAACAGUUGGAAAAGUACUUCUCAAAGCCAGAGGCUUGUAUACAGAAGAAUAUUGGUAUUGGAUCUGCAUUGGAGCCUUGAUUGGGUUUUCUCUUCUCUUCAACCUUCUCUUCCUUCUUGCAUUAACUUAUUUGAACCCAUUAGCCGAUUCGAAAGCAGUCACUGUGGAUGAAGAUGACAAGAAUGGAAAUCCAUCCUCUAGACAUCAUCCCCUCGAAGGUACCAACAUGGAAGUGAGAAACUCUUCAGAAAUAAUGAGUUCAUCGAACCAACCGAGAAGAGGAAUGGUGCUACCGUUUCAACCUCUUUCAAUGGAAUUCAAUCAUAUUAGCUACUACGUAGACAUGCCAGACGAAAUGAAGAGUCGAGGAAUAAUUAAGGAUAAACUUCAAUUACUACAAGAUGUUAGUGGUUCUUUUAGACCAGGAAUAUUAACAGCACUUGUAGGUGUUAGUGGUGCUGGAAAGACAACCCUAAUGGAUGUAUUAGCUGGAAGAAAGACAGGUGGAUACAUCGAAGGAAAUAUCAGCAUAUCUGGUUACCCAAAGAACCAAGAAACAUUCGCUCGAAUAAGCGGUUACUGCGAACAGAAUGACAUUCAUUCUCCACAUGUCACUGUCUAUGAAUCACUAUUGUUUUCAGCCUGGCUUCGUCUUCCUUCAGAUGUUAAGGCAGAAACUAGAAAGAUGUUUGUUGAAGAAGUGAUGGAGUUAGUAGAACUUCAACCACUUAGAGAUGCUCUUGUGGGCCUUCCAGGUGUGGAUGGUCUAUCAACAGAACAAAGGAAGAGGCUUACUAUCGCUGUUGAGCUUGUUGCCAACCCUUCAAUCAUCUUCAUGGAUGAACCAACAUCAGGCCUCGAUGCUAGAGCCGCUGCAAUCGUUAUGCGGACCGUGAGAAAUACAGUGGAUACAGGGAGAACUGUUGUUUGCACAAUUCAUCAACCAAGUAUAGACAUUUUUGAAGCUUUUGAUGAGCUAUUGUUGAUGAAAAGAGGAGGACAAGUUAUCUACGCUGGACCUCUCGGCCGCCACUCACAUAAACUUGUAGAAUAUUUUGAAGUUAUCCCAGGGGUUCAAAAAAUUAAGGAUGGUUAUAAUCCGGCCACAUGGAUGCUGGAGGUCAGCUCUGCUUCAAUUGAGGCUCAACUAGAAGUAGAUUUUGCAGAGAUUUAUAAAACCUCUACCCUUUACCAGAGGAACCAAGAACUUAUAAACGAGCUCAAUACCCCUGCACCAGAUUCGAAUGACUUGUACUUCCCAACCAAAUAUUCGCAAUCAUUUUUUGUUCAAUGCAAAGCUAACUUUUGGAAACAACAUUUGUCCUAUUGGAGACAUUCUCAAUACAAUGCCGUCCGAUUCUUGAUGACCAUAAUCAUCGGAGUAUUGUUUGGUCUAAUAUUUUGGAAGCAGGCCAAAAAGACCAAAACACAACAAGAUUUACUGAAUCUUUUGGGAGCCAUGUACUCUACUGUGUUUUUUCUUGGCACUACGAAUUCUAUGACCGUGCAACCAGUUGUUUCAAUUGCAAGAACAAUCUUCUAUCGGGAAAGAGCAGCAGGAAUGUAUUCUGCAUUACCUUAUGCAUUUGGUCAGAUGGCAGUUGAGACAAUUUAUAAUGCAAUUCAAACAACCAUUUACGCACUAAUUGUUUACUCCAUGAUUGGGUUUGAAUGGAAGGCGGCGAACUUCUUAUGGUUCUUCUACUACAUACUAAUGAGUUUUAUCUACUUCACAUUUUAUGGAAUGAUGGUUGUUUCACUAACACCAGACGACGUUAUUGCUGGCAUUUGCAUGUUCUUCUUUUUGAGUUUUUGGAACUUGUUCUCUGGUUUUGUCAUUCCUAGGAUGGAAAUUCCGAUAUGGUGGAGAUGGUACUAUUGGGCUUCUCCAGUUGCAUGGACACUAUAUGGCCUUAUAACCUCACAGCUAGGUGACAAAAAUACAGAAAUAGUGAUACCAGGAGUUGGAAGCAUGGAACUGAAGGAGUUCUUGAAACAAAAUUGGGGUUAUGAUCAUGAUUUCCUUCCACUAGUUGUUGUUGCUCACUUAGGCUGGGUUCUCCUCUUUGCAUUUGUGUUUGCUUUUGGCAUCAAAUUCAUCAACUUCCAGAAAAGAUAGUAUAUGAACAAGACUAUAUAUAUCAUCUGAAAAAUUACUACAUAUGUAUUAUAUUUUUUUAUUGGAAUAGGAAUUCAAUUAUUCAAUAUAUAAACUCUAGGAAUCACCUCUUUGAGCAAAUCCAACCUAUAGUAGUUGAGUAGAUAAAUAAAUAAAUAGAUGAAGAAGUAGCUGUAUGUCUCAUGUGAAAUCACCAACACUAUUGUUUUGAUGCUAUACUUAUUUAACAGUUAAAUAGAGAGUGCUCAUUUAUGUUCUAAAUAGAACAACA